GAGGAAUAAUUAUCUACCGGACGGAUAGUCAAAUUAUGUACUAGUCGUUAGCUGCUUCUACGGAUUACUACUCCGCAAAUGUAUCGCUAACUGAACCACAUAAGAGGCUUGGGUACUCAGGGAGACAGCGCCACGACGUCAUAUGGCAAAAGUUCAGCCGGAGCUUCUUCUGCAAUUUGCAUACAGAUUGCUCCAACAUGAUCAAUGAGGACUCAACAAUAACUUAACAAUGUCCGGUCUACGAAUCUACACUCGGAACUAUCCGAAUCGUACGAUUGCAUUAGCCACCGCUGAAUACGUACUGAUCUUUCGCUCUGGCUUGGCAGAAGCGGAAAUUAACGCCCAACAUCACUCUAAGGCUACGCCGCGCUGCUUGGUUGAUUUCGCCCCCCUAUCAUCCGUGGAUUUGAAAGGCUAUCGGGUCCUUGGUGAUGGUUACGGUACGCUUGGGCUGGUUACUCUGGGCGAAGAUGUUUUUCUGUGUGUGAUCACUGGCUCUUCAAGGGCCGCAACCAUCAAACCUGGGGAAACCAUCUCGAGGAUCAACAGUGUGGACUUUUUCUGCUUAAAUCAUUCAAAAUACGAAGAGAGACUCGACUAUGAAUCCGAGUCCUCUUUCGCGGCUGAAGAUUUCGACCAUGACUUCAGCUUUGAAAGCAGAGAGCUGAAUUCAGACCUUCCCUUUUUGGCUUUGAAGAAGCUUCUUAGUGACGGCAGCUUCUAUUACAGCCUAGAUUUUAAUCUUACUGAUCGGUUGCAGGACCGCUCAGACGAGCCGGGAGCUUUCGAUAUAGAGUCACUCGAUGAAGAUAUGCUGUGGAAUUCUUACAUGAUAAAACCCCUUCUUCUCUUUAGAAAUCACUUGUCUUUGCCUGAAAUACAGCGUCUUGACUCCUCCCAAAUCCUGACAUGCGUCAUACGGGGGUUCUGUGGGACAUUGACAAUCCCUGCCUCUGCUCAAGUCUUGCCUAGUGCACGAACUCGUCUUCCAGCUUCAUUAACAGUAAUCUCGCGCCAGUCUUCUCGACGUGCAGGCACGAGGUUCAAUUCUCGAGGCAUCGACGACGACGGACAUGUUGCCAACUUUGUUGAAACGGAAACAAUACUCUGGGUUGCACCUGAUAUUGUAUUCUCUUAUGUCCAGGUUCGUGGCUCCGUGCCUAUAUUCUGGGAGCAGGCCACGGGUUUCCUUCCGGGACAGCAGAAGAUUGAGAUAACCAGAUCCAUUGAGGCAACGAAGCACGCCUUCGAUAAACACUUUAAACUCCUUGAACUUGAGUAUGGCGCAAUUCAUGUGGUCAACUUGCUCAGCGAAUUGAAGCCAGGGGAAGUUGGUCUUUCUGCAAGGUUUCGUGAUCUUCUAACGAAGAGCCCUCUAAAUCGUCAGUCGUCAGACCACGCUCUGCUACAGUCAACGGAAUUUGAUUUUCACGCAGAGGCACGGGGGCCCUUGGGAUAUGGAGCUAGCGCCCAAAUUAGGCAUGAGAUCGCACACUCUGUACAGGGAUUUGCAUAUUUUCAGUCCGGCGAAGUUGACCCACUAGCUUUUUAUGACAAACAUCAUGCGCCAAAGAGUUCCUCUGUCAUACUUCAGCAAGAGGGGGUCUUCCGAACCAAUUGCCUGGAUUGUCUCGACAGGACUAAUCUUGUUCAAACAAUCAUCAGUUCGAUGGCUCUGGAAGCUUUUUUGGCUCAACAAGGGGGAGGCAUAAGCCCCGAUGUACAGCUGCGGCAUUCGACUUUAUGGGCAGAUAAUGGGGAUGCCCUGUCGAGAAUCUACGCUGGUACCGGUGCUUUAAAGACCUCAUUCACGCGGCACGGCAAGAUGUCCUUUGCCGGUGCGCUUGCUGAUGCGCGCAAAACAGCUACCCGGAUCUAUGUCAAUAACUUUUCCGAUAGAGGUCGUCAAAACACAAUUGACCUUUUAUUAGGACGGUUGACAGAUCAAGUACCGGUGCAUCUUUACGAUCCAGUCAAUGAUUUCGUAUUAGAGGAACUGAGUCAACGAUCACAAGAAUACUCUUUUACUAAACCGAUCAAAAUUUGGACCGGGACAUUCAAUGUCAAUGGGCGCCACGAGGGGCCUAAUGCCGAUUUGCGACAAUGGUUGUUCUCACAAUCUGAUUUUCAAAGUGAAGAUCCGUCAAUAUACGCCGUUGGCUUCCAAGAAAUUGUUACGUUAAGUCCACAACAGAUAAUGUCAACAGACCCUACUACACGUAAAGCAUGGGAGAUUGCCGUACAUACCUGCCUGAACAAUCGUGCGGAUCUUAGAGGAACUCCCAAGUAUGUUCUCUUGCGAAGUGGCCAACUUGUGGGCACUGCCUUGAUGAUAUAUGUGAGAGAAGAUGCUUUGGGCGAUAUAAAAAAUGUGGAAGGUAAUGUUAAAAAGACGGGCCUCUCCGGAAUGGCUGGCAACAAAGGAGGAUGUGCCAUUCGCUUCGAAUAUUUUAACACCCGGGUUUGUUUCGUCACCGCCCAUCUUGCUGCUGGAUUUGCAAACUACGACGAGAGAAACAGAGACUAUGAGACGAUUCUUCGUGGGCUAAGGUUCUUGAGGAACAGAUCGAUCGAGGACCAUGACACAGUAGUAUGGCUCGGGGACUUCAAUUAUCGAAUCGGCCUUGGCAAUCAAAAAGCAAGAGAGCUUGCCCAGCAAAAGGAUUUUCAGACGCUAUACGAUAAUGACCAGUUGAAUUUGCAGAUGUUAGCAGGUAGAGCCUUUCAAUUCUACACCGAAGGGCCCAUUACCUUCCAUCCGACUUACAAAUACGACGUUGGCAGGGAUGAUUAUGAUACUUCAGAAAAAGCGCGCAUACCUGCAUGGUGUGACCGGAUCCUAUGGAGAGGCUCCAACCUUCGACAGACGAAGUAUAGCGCUGCGGAUUUGCGGCUUUCCGACCACCGUCCAGUCUGGGCUCUGUUUACAUGCAUGAUAAAUGUCGUCGAUGAGGCCCAAAAGUGCAGACUUCAGACUUCGCUAUAUAGUGAACGACAACAUGCUGCUCAUACCAUGCUGCCGGAUACGGCGAACCAGGUAGACACCGAUGAUGGCGAGUCCACGGCUCUCGAGCGCAUUGCUUCGGGAUUUCCUCCUGCUAGUUCAGAUCAUUAUAAAUGGUGGUUAACUAAUGGCACACCUGUAAAGUCGCAAUUGAGGCCUCCAGCCGGCGAUUGUGUGCUGAAUAUAUAUCGCGACGCAAACCCGUUCUCUUGUGACCAGAAUACUAAUUGGGCGUUUGCACCUGAUUUCGCUACAAAGGGCGGGGAUAUGGGUACAGAAAAACCUCCCCUACCACCAAGGAUUAUGCCAAUGGAACAUUCCCGAGCUAGGAUCUCUUCGGAGGCAGAAUUAUCUACAGAUACCCGAAAACCUAUCAAGGCAUCAAGCGGAGUGAAAAUCACACCACCACUACUGCAGGAAUCUAUCCCACCCGGUGCAGGUCAGAAUUCAACAACAGCUCAUCUUGCACCACGCUCAUCGAAAGGUCUCAUAGAAGGGAUCGAAGUACCUCCUAUGCAUGGACCAGAUCAGGUAGACGCCCUUGAUUUAACACGGCGAACUCCAUCACACCGGAGUAUUUUAGACCAAGGUACUUCUGAACAGCAAUACAAAGGUCUGGAUUCUCACAGUGCUACCCAUAUAUCUACGGAGAAAGCGCCGAGUCCAGCUACGAGGGAUCUUCUUGGGGGAGUAAUCAGUGAUGAUCUUCAAUGGAAGCCCCUAAGGCCCAAAUGAUAAGUCCCUUUUGGGUCUGACAUGGGCUGUGACAUUACAGUUUGUGUCCGAAUUAUAGAUUGGUCGAAUCUGUUUUCUUCUUGCCCUGCAGUAAAUUAUUGCGGUCACGAAUGCCCAUAAUGGAUUACACAAAACAAAAUGGCAGAUUGAAAGAGGUAAAUAGUCAGGCAUCUAUACAAACAUUCAGUCACAUGCUAUGAGGGAAGGUCUAUGGGUAUAUGUACAUGUUCAUGUUCAACAUCCUAAGCAUUUCAUAGCGUAGUUUCA